UCAUUUCAUUUCUCGUGUACACAACGACGAAGCAACAACAAUAGCGCUAAAUGACGGGACGGAACAUAAAACGUAAAAAUUUAGAGGAUUAAAUUUAAUUAAUUUAAAUGAAGUGUGAAUUGUGUAUAACAUGAAAGUAAUGAGAAAAUGCACAUAUAGUUUUAAUGAUCACAGUAGAUAAAGUGGUUUUGCGGGGUCAUGUGUUCGUGGUUGGACGGAGUGCAAACGAAGAGGCUGAAGUGAAAAAAGAAAAAAAUUUCACACAGGAGUGGCAACAUGGAAUGCUGGAGAAGCGAAAAUAAAAUUUAGUGUUAUAAUUUUUCCAGUUUCGGAAGAAAUUCAAUUGAUUUUUUCUGUGAAAUUAUGUCACAGAAAAGUUUUUACUUUCUGUUGCAUUUUUAGAAUUAGUCAUACAAUAAUCAAAAUAUACAUGCAUAGAGUAGUGAAAAGGCGUGAAGCCUUUCCUGUAAAUUAAAAGUUGUACAAAGAAAAAGGCAACAAACCAUUAUCAUAAAGUGAAAGCGAAUGAAAAGGGGAAAUCUACGAUUAUUAAAAAAAAAACAACUAUUUAAAAAAACGUGUGGUACGUGGAACGUGCAGCUGCUUAGAAGUGGAAGAAAGGAAAAGAAGAAAAGUGGAAGGUGUAUUGUGGCGGGCAGGGCGGCAUAACAGCUGCCACAAACUAUAGUAUAACCCCAGAAAAUUAAAGCUUUGCAUUGCUCGCAUUUUCGUGUAAUUAAGUAAAAUAGUAUUUUUGGUCGGAUUGCAGAACUUCUGCUACAAUCAUUGCUAAUUAUAUACUAGUAUAAAUAAUAAAAAUGUCCAGUUGGGCGCGACGUGCGGCAGAUAUUAGCAGUGUUGUCACUUCUUGUGGGCAUCCCGGCGCCUCUGCGCCAGACUAUACUUAUAGAUUGGAGAAAGUUAAGUUUGGUGUACCACUUGAGGAAGUUUGUAAAAACAAUGAAAACAUUCCAGGACCACUAUUGGUUCUUAUACUUAAAUUAAAUAAGGAAUCACCAAAUAGAAGAGACGUUUUUCGUGCCCCUGGACACCAGGGUGCUAUGAAAAAGUUAAUACAUUUUCUGCAGGCUGGUCGUUUAGUGAAUGUCGACAACUAUUCAGUUUAUACGAUUGCAAGUGUGCUAAAGAAAUUUCUACGAAAAAUACCCAACGGUAUCUUUGGGCGAACGGGUGAAAAAGAGUUAUUUGACAUUAUAGAGUUGGAGAAUGAGUCUGAGCAGACGGAUCGCUUGCAUAGAUUAUUUACAUCACUGCCGAAAUACACUCAACGUUUACUAGUUUUACUCUUUGGUACAUUCCGUGUUAUUGCCAGCAAUGCAACUCAGGCCAGUACAGGUAUGACCAGCGAAGCCCUGGGAGUUUCAGUGGCGCCAAGUUUCUUUCAAUCCUGCGUUAGUGAUGGGAAAACAGCACGUAUGGAAGAUGUGCUUAAAUUCAAGGUUGCUACAAAAAUUAUGAAGCAAAUAAUCGAUAAAUUUGCCACACAUGACUUAUUUGGACGUGAAAAUUACGAAUACUAUGCGCGAGUUACUGGACGCAUACUCAAAGUACAGGACGAAUGGAUUUGUAGUUUUCAGUAUCCACCUCCACCACGUGGUAAAUUGGCACAGCAAAAGUAUGCAUUACAACACUCCCUUGAGGCAGAAAAGACAUGGUUACAGUGCCAGUGCGAGCGGUGGGGUUUGCUCGCUCAGGAAGAAUCCCGCUCAACGCCUGCCUUGCUAACAAGCUCAAGCUCAGCUUUAGACAACAGUGUGCUUUCAUUGGGCGUAACACCAGAACAUUCGUUUAUUGAAUCAUGUGCUCGCCUAUCUGUCUCUUUAGAAGGACCAAGUCUAUUUGCGAUGACAUCAUCGCCUAUACCGAAGCGAAACAUACAAGAUUUGCAACGCGACACCGACAAUGAUGCUGACGUCGAUGAGGAGAACUUCGGCGACGAAGAUGCAGAUGCCAACGACGACGGUGAAGUAGGAGACUUUGCCGCUGAACUCGAAAUAAAUAACGACGAAGAUUUCGAAAACAAUCCGAAAGCCAACUUUUCAUCACGUGGCUUACAUAGAGCAGUAGCUGCCAGAGGCAAUAACCGCCAUGCUAUGCAUAGCAACGCUGCCCUGAAUACCACUUACACUGUCAGUAUUGACAAUGACGAUGUUGUGGAUUCUAAUGAUGAUGAUGGCGAUGACGAGGUGACAGUUGUAAGACGUCGCUAUCGUCAAAAUAAAAAGAAAAUACUAACUCAAACUAAAAUGCAACAUCAGCGACGUUUGCGAGCCGGCUCUAAAAGCCUUGAUGGCGGCGAUCGCUCCACACAAACGCCUCUGAAUAAUGAGACAAACGAAAAUAGAAACAAAAUGAAGAACAACAAAAUACAGAGCACCAAUACAACACAAAUUAGCAGCGGAACUAGUGGUGGCAUUAAAGUAACUACACGUACUUGCAGUCGUUGUAAUCGCGGUAUACGUCAUUCGUCCUCUUGUUCCUCAGCUUCUGGAGGAGGUGCUGUCAGCGUAGGAAAUGGCGGUGGUAUGACUAUGGAAGAAUUACGCGCUGUCAAUCGCUAUGCCGAGAGUACAAAGAGUCUUUCUUAUUUGCCACAGGUCCAUGAGCGCCAAACAGCACGUAUGCGCACUCGUUCAGAAUGGUUUUUGGGUCCUAGAGAUAGUGAAUUGGCAUUGAAUUUGCCAACCACAUGCAGCAAUUGUUGUUUGGCUGCUGUUCAAAAGCAGCAGCUACAGUUACAGCAGCAGCACCCACACUUUCAAACACAUGGCUAUCUCGGAGGCGGUAGCACACGCGACAUGCGUGCACAUUGUAGCGGAUUUGAUAACGACGAGGAUGACAAUGUACACAAUUUAAUAGUUAGCAAUAGUGAUGGCCAUAAUGCCAAUGCGCUCUAUUUGUAUUACAAGAAACGGCUGCAACAGCAACAAAAAAUGAAUGCCAAUUCUCAACAGGUAAUGCAAACUGAGCAUAUGGAUACGGAUGACAGCUGUAAUGCUUAUGACUAUGGUCCACCAACAUAUCAAUGUAAGCAGCAUUUACAAGUUGAUACGUCCAACGUACACUCACAAUCAUCUGAACUUCGCGUAAUGGAGCCAACAUCAUCGGCGUAUGCGGUUGCGUCUAAUAGCUCCGGCCGUCGCAUGUAUUUGGAUCCGAAUACGACAACAACAAAUAUCGUUGGCAACAUCCGUUUGAGUAACAGCGCAGAGUCAAUUCAAUAUCCCGCCACAACUGCACGACGUCCAUCCACCCGACGAUUAAUCGGGGUAAACGUGCCACGGCAAUAUCCAAUGCGUUCUUCAUUGCGUCGCAACAGAGAGAAGCAGGUCGGCAGUGGUAGCACAAUCAACGGCAGUGGCAAUAGCGUUUCCGAUAGCAAUGGCCUACUCACAUCAAAUGUCGGCACAGUCGGUGCUACUGGCGGUAUGUUGCCGGUUGGUACAGCACCACCAUCAGUGCGCAAUUCAAUUGCAGAGUGUUGCAGCAAUAUCGGCACCGCGCAUGAUAGUCAACAUAUUCUUGUACCAGCAUUUCCAUUUAAUCGGCUAGAAGACUGUACAAGUUCGCUGGAACGCAAGCGAACGCAGUUGCGCUUGAGCAUGGAUGGUGGUAGUGAACGAACUGCUCCAGAAAGUGUGUGCGACAGCAAAAGUGGUGAUAUCAGUGACCUUAACUCUAUGCUAAUGGACACCACUGAUACUAUGAAAGACUGCGAUAAUGCGGAACCAACAUACGUUGAUGUAAGCGGCAACAACAAUUUAGUGUAUGCGACAACAAGUCUCAUUAAUAAUAUGCCAACGCUAAUCACAACGCGAAACUUGGAAAACGUCGUAGGUAUAUCAACGGCGGGCCAACAAGAAAGAUUAUCCACACAAAAUCCAAGCAGUGAUUGUGUUCAAACGGAAGAGGCCGUUUCGACAAUUACCUUCAAAGCGCCGCGUGUAUGAAAAUAGUAAAUAGCAUGGAUCCCCAACUAUAUAAGGAGUAAGGAAUAAUCAGCAUAUCGCAAAAUGCUGGUAUAGUUAAUAAGACGAAAAUCAGAUAUCUUUCGAUAUUUUGGUAGCAGUCUUUAUGUACAUAUUUUACUGUAUUUAUAAAUCUCAAAAUGUGCAAAACAUUUAUGUCGAAAAAUAGCAAUGUGAACUUUAUAGAUAUGGGUUCGGCUCUUCGAGGCAACAUAAAAACGUAUGUCAGCAAUUUGAAAAUUUUAGACGGCUUUUGAAAUGAACUGACGUAUGAAGAAUACAGAAAAGCUUAACUUGCAUGUUAUACGUGCACUAGAAUAGGUUCAAUAUUUCAAAAAACGUUAGUGAUAUCAAUAUUUAUUAGCAUAAACUCGUUGGAGAAUUAAAAAAAUAUAUAUUAGCAUAACAUUGUGUCAAACAAGAAUUCGUUUACAUGUACAUAUAAAUAAACAUAUUAGUACAUAAUACAUAGUUUUUGUUGAUUAGAAAAUCGUUAGGAAUAAAUUCGCUAGAUAAAAUAAAAUAUCAAUACUUUAUAUGAUUGUAUACGUUGGUUCACAUAAUAAUACAUAUUAGACUUGAUGUGCACAAAAGUGUGCAUCUAUGUAUAUGUGUAAAAGUAUUAAUUCGAAUUUGUGUUUGGUGUCUUCUACUAUUCACUUUAUACAUAGUAUGUACUUGCAUAUUGAUACACAGACAUUUGUUAACUUACAUUAUUAUAUUUACAUAUAUAAUAUAUGUAUAUUAUAACGGGUUUAUAAUUCGUUGGUUUAAUUCAGUAUUAAUCGAAUAUAUUAGUUUAAAAUCCUAAGCCACUUACUGCCGAACUAUAUUAAAGGUCAUACCAGUUUAUUGUUAUAUACUGAAACUGUAAAAAAUAUAAAUUUAUUUAUGCCUGGAAUUUGAUGAAAUAUAUAAUAUAAUUAAUUUUUGAAAAUAAAUAAAUAACAAAAUGUGCAUAAUGAAUUAGUUUCCAACACAUUUCUUUUAUAACAAAGUGGCCAAUAUUGUAUGUACCUCCAACUCGAACAUUUCAAAGAAAAAUCAAAUAUUUUUCGAACCUACUAUCAAUUUGUGUGUACCUUAUAUUAAAUAGUGUUGGUUGAGCUUGAACCUCCAAACAAUACAGCAGAGAAGCAUAAAAUGUCCAUGUCCAAUCCCAUAAUCCGAUCCAGGUUCCCUUAUUUAAUAUUCAAAGCAUUAUCGUAAUUGUCCAUGUUCUCACAUACAAACAAAUUAGGUUACGAUUUAGUUUAACAUAAAACUCUGCAUUAAGGAAAAGAAAGAGCUUUUGAGAUAUUAAAGACUUUAAGCCAAUAUCAUACUUCACGAUUUAUUAAUUAUCUAUUCCCUGCAAUAAGUUUUAAAAAUUCACCAAACCACACAAUUGUCAAAAGAUGUUAGUUCAAUUCAAAAUAUUAAAUUUGUAUAAAAAUUUACUUAGCUAUGGAAAUGCAUAUUUAUGCAAAUAAAUAUUUAUGGUUAAAAAUUGCCAAACAUUCAGAAAAAAAAAGAAAUAAGAGCAUAUUAUACAAAACUAUUGCAGAGGUAAUACGUUGCAGUUAACUAAGUUAAAAAUUGUGGCAGCUAAAAGAGUGAAGUGUUUAUAGGUAAAAUAAAUAAGUAAUAUAAUAACAAAAUGAUAGAUAUAAAUUAAUGUUACUUAUUUUCAAAUAAAAUAAUUCAUGUAUUUGAAAAUGUUAAUAUUAUGACUAAGAUUUAGUAUGAAAUGUUUGUAAAUAUAUAUAAUUACAUAUGUGCAUAUGUACAAUCCCAAUGACCUUGCAUUAAUAAUUUAUUGAAUUUGCUUUUUAUGUAUUUAAGCAUCAACAAUUGCUGUUUACCUUUUAUUAGAUUCAAAAUGUGUAUUUGGACGUCGUUUUAUACUCGCUUUUAUAUAGUAUACUUACGUAUUUGGUAUAUCGGAGGACUUCGUUACCUAUUGUAAUUUCCAGUUUAUCUAAAAUUCCGAAUGAAAGCAUUUAUGUACUAGCAUGUCGGUUGUAUAUCAAAAAAUAUAUAUGCUUUUAAAGAUAUAAAGCCUAACAGUAAAAACUGAAUUUCUGUGGGUAUAAAUCAAUCACAUAAGUUAAUGUAUGUUAUAUAAUAAUAAAUGCUGAAAACAGAUAA